CAACAACAGCAUCACCAACAACAUUCAUUUCAUAAUCAUCAUGGACCACCACCACCACCACAUCAUCAUGUACAGCAUCAUGAACCAAUCAUUCCAGCUAAUCAUCAUCAUCAUCAUUCAAUUCAUCAUCAACCACCAAUACCGCAACCAACAAUUCCGUCAUCAAACACGACGACAAAUACUCAAUUAUCGGUAUUGGAAUCACAUCAAAUGGUUACAUUGGGUGUUGCCACAGGAACGGUGGUUCCAUCAUUAACUGGCCCAUUAACAGUGAAUUCUGUCAGUAUGAUACAUCAUAAUCUUAGUUCACUUACAACAACUGGUGGUGGUAACAAUCAAUCUACUACAAUGAUUCCAACGACAAAUCAUCAUCAAAAUAAUAACAUCUAUGGAAAUCAACAUAAUCCACAGUCCACACCAAUGAUUAUUGAUCCAAAUAAUGGUUAUCUAAGUCGGAUCGCAAUUACACCACCUGAUUGUCAUCAUCAUCAUCAUUAUACAACAUUGACCACACCACAUCAACAACAGCAACAAAUUCAUUCAACACCACCACCACCAACACAAUCAAACAAUUCAGUUACACCGAUCACUGUUUCAAUGGGCAAUAAUAACAAUAGUAGUGGGAAGAAACGUAAAAUGUCUGAAUCGAAAAACAAUAAUACAAACACGACAAAUAUUUAUAUCAAACAAGAACCAAAUGGUCUAUCACCGGAUUCUGCUGCUGUUUCACAUCCAAAUGGCUCGAAUGAUAAUGGAAACGGGUCGGGCAGUCAUAAUAGCAAUAAUGUACAUUCAACACAACAAUGUGAAUCAACUGAUGAUUUCUAUGGUGAUUAUGGACCAGAUAGUCAAAUGUAUUCGGAUUCAUUUUAUCAGUGUAUACGUUUCACUCCGUUCAAUACGAAUCUUUCUUGUCCGUUGUAUGAUUUGAAUUUUAAAGAAAUACCAACAAUAAGUUAUCGUGUUGAUGCCGAUAAAGGUUUCAAUUUCAGUAAUGCAGAUGAUGCAUUUGUUUGUCAGAAAAAAAAUCACUUUCAAGUUACUGUCCAUAUACAGAUUGUUGCUGAUCCAUUCUAUGUGAAAACAUUGUCAGCGACUGAUGUGUUUCAAAAAAUUGACAAUUUUUAUCUCCAUUUUUACGGUGUAAAAGUGGAAUCACCAACACAAACGAUAAAAGUUGAACAAUCACAAUCGGAUAGAAGUAAAAAAGCAUUUCAUCCGGUUCGAAUCGAACUAAGUUGUGACCAUGUGACCAAAAUGACCGUUGGACGUUUACAUUUUAGUGAAACAACGUCGAAUAAUAUGCGCAAAAAGGGUAAACCGAAUCCGGAUCAAAGAUAUUUUUAUCUGGUAGUUUCACUUUGUGCACAUGUUGGUGAUCAAAUCUAUCAGAUUGCAGCACAAGCUUCUGAAAGAAUUAUCGUUCGGGCAUCGAAUCCGGGACAAUUUGAAAAUGAUGUGGAAUUAGUUUGGCAAAAAGGAGUCUUGCCAGAAACCAUUUUCCAUACUGGACGUGUAGGAAUCAAUACUGAUCGGCCAGAUGAAUCAUUGGUGGUGUUUGGCAAUGCCAAAGUUACCGGCAGCAUAAUGCAACCAUCAGAUAAACGUGCUAAAACCAAUAUCAAAGAGGUGGAUACACGUGAACAAUUGAAAAAUGUUUCCAACAUGCGAAUUGUUCGUUAUCAAUUUAAACCAUCAUUCGCUAAAGAAGUUGGUAUCGACCACAAUGAACUAGAGGGUACCGGUGUUUUGGCACAAGAAGUGCAGAAAAUUCUUCCCGAAGCAGUGAAAGAAACUGGUGAUAUCGUAUUAUCGGAUGGUGAAACAAUUGAAAAUUUUCUUGUCGUCAACAAAGACCGGAUAUUUAUUGAAAAUUUAGGCGCCGUAAAAGAGCUGUGUAAAGUUACCGAUAAUCUUGAAACACGUAUCGAUGAAUUGGAACGUAUGAAUACAAAAUUGAGUAAAUUCAAUCGUUUUGAUUCAAUCAAAUCCAGUGCUAGUGGUAGUACGAUUACAUGUGUUUCAAAUAAUUAUCGUAACAACAAUAAUAGUCAUCGACAAUCUCAUCGUCAUCAUAAAUCUUGUUCAAAUUCUACGCAACAAGUUCCCAGUGGUUGUAAUAAUAGAUUUUUUCAAACAUUAAUCAUGAUUCUCAUUUUUAUUAUGGCAUUUUGCCUUGCAUCGAUAGCGACAUUGUAUAUAUUGGAAUAUCAUCGUCGUCAUCAUUCUUCAUCGGCAACUAGUAUACAUCAAACAACAUUAUUAUCAUCAUCUAAUGAUCAUCAUAAUAAUUAUCAUUCACAAUCAUCACAACCAUCAUUUGAUCUUAAACAUUCACCAUAUUUGAAUGUAAAUAACAAUCAUCAUCAUCAGCAGCAACAACAACAACAAUAUUCAAAUAAUCCAAAUUCAUUGAUAAAUGAUAAUAAACAAUAUGAUGAUGAUAAUAGGUUGGAUCGAAACCAACAACAUCCAAGACCAACAGCUAUACCUGUGCUGAAGCCACAAGUAGUUGGUGCACCAAAUGGUUGUUACGAUUAUCUAUCAUCAUCAUCAUUAUGUCCGAUUCAUUGUUGUAAUGAUGAAAAUUAUCAUGUUUAUCAGUUAAAUUCCAAUAUUGAUCUGGUGAAUAAUAAUAAUAAUGAUCUUAAAGAUACAAAUAAAUCUCAUUUUAUUGAUCAUCAUCAUAAAUUUCAAAUUAAUGAUCCUGCAGAAGAAUCUAGUUUGAUGAAUGAAACAAUUUUGGACAACAAUUCCUUGAAUGGUACAACCAUGACAAAUUCUUCAGAUUCAGGAUCGACGAUAACAAUCAAUUCAUCAUCGAAUCCAAAUCAUUCGAAAUUUAAUCCAACUGAAUCAAAUUCAUCGAAUAAUAAGAAAAAACGAACUGAUAAAAGAAUGUCUUUUGGUGAUGGUAAAUAUUCAUCACAUUCAUCGUCUUCGAGUUCAAUUCAAGAUAUUCAUAAUUUAAAUGAUUUUCAUGAUUCAAAAUUUCGUCGUAAACGUCGCAAACGUCGUGAAACGGGUAAAUCAUCAAUCACACAGAAUAAUAUGUAUAGUGCAUAUCCGAAAAAAGAUCUAGCACGUAUGGUGGAGAUGAUCAAAUUAUUAGAAUUGAAUGCCACUAUCGAUUAUUCGUAUUGUACAAAAUUACAAUGUACACAAGGAUUUGGUAAUCGAUUUCAUUAUAUAAUUCCUAUAUCAAAAUAUAUGGAAUUGGAAUAUGUUACACUUCAAUUUGGAUUGAAUCAAGAAAUGAAAGUGGAUCAUUGUGAAAUGAAAGAAAAACCCGUGUCAUGUUCAUCCGGCUAUUAUGGUGUGGAGAAUCUGCCACAAUCAUAUAAAAAAGCCGCCGAUCAUAUCCUAUUACCGGAAUCGAAUCCACAUUGGCGUCUACCAAUCGGUAUCUAUCAACGUAGCUCUUAUAUGUUUCGUAUACUUGCACGUGAUGUUAUUGCUGAUUCGCCAUGUAAUCUACCCGAAUCACAGGCCGGUUCAUCAUUUGUGGAAUAUAAAUUUGAAUUCAUACGAAAAUGUGAUAAAUGACCAAGAACAAACCAAAAAACAAAAUGUUUUUUCAUCAUGAAUUUUUUCCAUAAAUUUGCUAUUGUAUUAUACACCAAUCGCCCACUAAAAAUGUUUGAAAAAAUAUUUUCAUAUAAUCAAACUGUUAAUAAUAACAAUA